AGCGGGGUCCCGCGAUGGAAAAAUAUGAACAAUUUCGUGCUCUUAAAAAUUAUUGAUUUUCCAUCGUUAAAAAACAUCAGACGCGGCUAAUUGCAUACGUAAAGUGGUAGCGCUCGGCGAGUUUAUAAUCGCGCAGAGAUCCAGUAUUUAAUGAAAUCUAGUCUAAAAAGUUUCUACUAAGUAUUCUUUGUACUUAUUAUAUUAUACCUACUUAUAAUAUCUGCGUAUUUUAAUAAAUAAUCUGUGAUAACCUUUUUGGUGGACCUGUGCAAUUGACUGAUUGUCUAUCGGCCAAAGAUAUAAUUAGUUAUGUUUUUAAAAAAGUAAAUUUUAUAUAAUCUGUGCUUAUGGACGACAAGAUGGCGCUGCCGCCGCAACAGUUUUGUGUGCGGUGGAAUUCUUAUCAUACUAAUUUACAGUCAGUUUUCCCCCGGCUGCUUCUUACGGAGCAGUUCGCGGACGUAACGCUCGCGUGCGAGUCGCGCCAGCUUCGCUGUCACAAGCUGGUGCUGUCCGCCUGCUCCGCGUAUCUGGAGCGGCUGCUGCUGCAGAACCCGUGCAAGCAUCCCAUCGUGCUGAUGCGUGAUAUGAGGUUCAGUGAAAUGCAGGCUCUAGUCGACUUCAUGUAUAAGGGUGAAGUUAAUGUGACACAAGAAGAACUACCGAGCCUAUUAAAGUCCGCUGAGGCGCUGCAAAUACGAGGUCUGUGUUCAAGCGAUCCAGGCGGUCUUUCCGAACUGAAAACAGAUAAUAAAGACUAUACAGUUGCGAGUGAAGCGUUGCUUGCUCACGCUCAACGGGAUGCUAAUACUAAUGGCGUACAACAACAACAACAACAGAAGACACUCACAACGAACGGGCCCAAAAAGCGUAAAUCCGAAGAAAGGGAAAGGGACAGGAGUGACGUCAAAGAGGAAACCGUAGAAGAGGAUGGAUUGUACUAUGGCGAUUUGGAACCGGACCACGUGGAGUAUCAGGAGGAAGAGGAAACUAGUAAACCCGGCAGUAGUUUAGGACAGACAUCUGAAUACGCAAUAGCCAACGUGCAAUGUCAAUACGACGGGAGUGAUUCAGAGAGCGACACCCGCUCGGCUCGGAUCACGGACCACAACUACGACACGCGGGAUGAACCGCCGGCUUUUAUAAUACAGCAGGUGUCAACGCCGAACCCCACGCCCCCGUCCCAAGGCCCAUACGUGGAAGUUCGUCCCACGAUCAUGACGAUCGGCCCCGGGUACGUUCCGUCGGUUAAUGUCAUACAUGUUGGGGAUAGACAACAGGUAAACCAAAAUCAGCCAGAAUACAAUAUAAACAAGCGAAUCCGACGGAGCGAGGUUGUAUUACGGCAAGCGGCUGACUGUGUGAGCAGGGGACUGACGUUCCAGACUGUGUCCGAGCAGUUUAAUAUACCAAUAUCUACUAUACGUUUCUUCAUGGCGCGCAAGGGCAUCUUACCGCGUCGGCGCAGAGGCCGCAGUACGCAAGCGAAUAGACAAUCAAGCAGUCCAGAACCACCGUUUCACAUGCAACACUUCAAAUUACCAGACAUGGUGGCUCUCAGAGCGGACGACGAUCCGCCGCAAACGUAACUUUUGUUACAAUAACGGAAAUAUUUGUAACAGAAAAGGUUACAGAAUUGUAAUAACGGUAGCAACUUUUGUAACAAUGAAGAAACGUAACUUUUGUUACAAUAAUGGAAAUAUUUGUAACGGAAAUGGUAUGAUCGUCAUAUUGCAAUUGUUACAGAAUUGUAAUAAACUAAUAACGGUAACAUAACUUUUGCAACAAUAGCGGAAAUAUUUGUUACGGAAAUGGUAUCGUUAUAUUGCAAUUGUUACAGAAUUGUAAUAACGGUAACAUAACUUUUGUAACAAUAACAUAAUUUGUAACGAAAUUGUUACGAGAUAUUUAUAUGUAAUAACGGAAACAUAGUGACAUAAGUGUACACGUGCAUUUAGAUAACGAAAUGUUUUUGGUAAUAACGGAAAUAUUAUGUAGUGUAACGGAAACUGCAAUAUAAGAGCUAGCGGGCAAGAGCAACUUUUGUCUCCUUCACUAUUUAGUCUCUCCCAUCAACUCU